AUGUACAAAGGGCGGGAAUGGGCAAUUACACUGCAAUCGAACAAUCUUUAUAGGGCGGACUUUCGAGUGCUACCACUCCUGCUAGUUGGCUUUGCUAGUUACCAGCUGGAUAGAACCAAUAUUGCCAGCGCACUUACGGGGAACUUUGCUACCGUCAUAUCAAUCGACCAGAACACCAUCAACCUCGGGAACCAAUUGAUGUUUUUGGGUGUUAUUAUACUGGAGAUACCAUCCAAUGUUAUUCUUCACAAGGUUUGUACUGCGGCUGAGCGAAUAAAAUACGAGUUGCUGAUUGAUAUCAGGUUGGCGCUCGCCAAUGGAUCAGUGCACAAGUCUGUGUGUUCGGGAUAA